UUUUUUUCAUUUGCAAGUGUGGAAAAACGUUCGUGUUGUUGUGUUUCGCAGAUGUUACCGACGAGGCAGCAAUGGUUAGCUAUUCUUGUGCUCGGGUUGGCUGGUAUGUUGAAUUUUAGCGUCCACAAAAUUGAAGAGGGCCACGUGGGUGUGUAUUACAGGGGUGGUGCGCUGCUUACGGCGGUGUCCGCUCCAGGCUUCCACAUGAUGAUUCCUUUUUUGACAUCAUAUCGUUCUGUUCAGGUGACGUUGCAGACUGACGAGGUUACCGGAGUUCCGUGUGGAACAAGUGGUGGUGUGAUCAUUUACUUUGACAGAAUUGAAGUUGUGAAUAUCCUAGACGCGGGAUCAGUGCAUGCCAUAGUCAAGAACUACACAGCCGAUUACGACAAGUCGCUCAUAUUCAACAAGAUUCAUCAUGAAUUGAACCAGUUUUGCAGCGUUCACAAUUUGCAUGAGGUGUAUAUCGACUUAUUUGACCAAAUCGACGAAAACUUGAAGAAGGCAUUACAGACGGAUUUGAACGAAAUGGCGCCUGGGUUGAAAGUUGUUGCUGUUCGAGUCACCAAACCGAAAAUCCCGGAAAGCAUUCGUAAAAAUUACGAACUCAUGGAAAGCGAGAAGACCAAGUUACUCAUCUCUGUCCAACGUCAACGAGUAGUCGAGAAGGACGCGGAAACGGAACGGAAGCGUUCCGUGAUCGAGGCUGAAAAAGAGGCCCAAGUUGCCGAAAUCCGGUUCCGGCAAAAGAUAAUGGAAAAGGAAAGCCAGCAGCGGAUUGCGGAGAUUGAAAAUGAAAUCGAACUCGCUCGUCGGCGAACUGCUUCCGACUCUGACACUUACGCAGCUGCGCAACGUGCCACCAGCAACAAACUCGUCCUGACUCCGGAGUAUCUCGAAUUGCGUCGAAUCGAGGCCCUGGCGAGUAACACCAAGAUCUACUUUGGUGACAAACUACCGUCAGCCUUUGUCGAAAUUGCUGGUGCUGUUGGAGGCGGUGAGCGUAUGCAUCGAGUUUUUAAGGGGGAUCCCGAGACGGACGAAGUACCGGAUUUGCCGCGGGAUUUUGUGAACACGGUUUUGGGGGAUUUGGGCAGGACGGAUAUGUGAUGAACCGGGACCGGGCAGUUGAGUGUGUCUCAAAACAGCGAGUGCUCAAAGGGGCGUCAAUAGGGGAAACAAAGUACAGAACUGCAAUGAUGUAAAACAUGGUUUCUCAGUCGCAGGCAAUAAUGCAAAUACUGUAACUUAAUUUCAUCUGGCACCUUAAUAUUGUUUAACUUGGAAGAGGCUUGCUUGAUAUUUUUUCAAUGGGCAAUGUAUAAAGUUUGAUCAAUUGAGAAAGAACAAAAAGCCUGUACCUUGUAUCCUAUACUAUGCAAGUGGACUCUUGACAACAACUUUUCUCUGGUCCCUUGAAUUUGUUGAAGAGAACACUUAUAACUUGAGUAGAGAAUCCUGUGGGAACACAAAAAAUUAUUUAUACAGAGAAAAUCAGUGUGGGCAUGAUUGUUGUAGAGAGAGCUCACCUGAAUAAGAUACUGUCAUUACUGUGUACAGGCUUCUUGACAAAAAAAUGUUUUCAACAAAUAUGUUUCCCUGGUCCCUUGAAUUUUGUUGUAGAGAGAGUCUACCUGUAAUUCAAUCUUUGCUGUUCAUUGAUCCUGUGAUAGAUUGAAGAAUAAUGUCAUCGUUUGGAACUAGGAGGAUGGUCACUGUCUACAACAAUUAUCUCUGUAUAACGAAUUUUUGUUUGGUCUUGUAAUGUUGUUAAGUCCUCUACCCAUGUUACAAGGAUUCUCUUACAACAAAUUUUUAUCUGGUCCCUUGAUAUUUUUUGUAAGUAGAGUUCACCUGUAUAUUUAAGGUGUAUUUUUGAAAAUUUACCUAAUAAUUUAGAAAUAUGAGCAUUCACUUCCAUCACUGUAUUAAAACUGCUAAAAAAAAAAGAUUAAAAUGUUCCAACAAAUUCAUAGAGAUUUUAUUUUUAAAUUUGCCAGUGCACUUCAAUUUGUUUUGCACUUGCUAUAUGUACAUCUUACUUGUUUUUAGACUACGCUGUUUUGAGGAUGCGCUCAGUUGUCUUGGCAACGCAAUGAACGGACUUGUUCAGCGCGUAUUCCGAGUGUGUUCAUUGCGUGUUGCGCCCAUCUGUGAUCAUACUUUCAAGCAAGGAAGUUUGCUUUGAUUGCCACUUGUUUUGCCCAGAUCUCUCGACUCUGUUCUAUGCUCGAAGCGACAAUAAUAUACUCUUGAUCGAUGCAAGAAAAAUAA